CUUAUCGAAAACGAACCGCUCCCCCAGUCGCCGCUCCCGCGUCCUCGACCAAUCAGAAGACUGGAAGUGGCCAUGCUGUGGCCGGCACGAUUUUGCGGGGCGCCGUCAUUUUCUCGCGCUGCCCCGUGCGCGUGCCGGCUGUGCCUCUGCGAGUUUGUUGCUGUUUCGCGUCCGGUUUGAAGUGCCUUGCUUGUGGUGAUGGAACCUAAUGCUGUGAAUAAUGACGCUCUUGCAGCGGCACAGCUAGAACUCGGUGGUAAUGUUCUGGUCAGGCGACCGUUUGAUCCUGUGGCACAUGAGCUGGAUGCCAACUUCCGGCUCACGCGUUUUGCUGAUCUGAAAGGAUGAGGGUGUAAAGUCCCCCAAGAGACUCUUUUGAAGCUCUUGGAGGGACUUCAGGAUGACGCGAGUGCCCAGGAUCAGGAACAUACCCAUUUUAUGCACCUUCAAAUACCACGAGUUGGUAUUGGGAUGGAUGCUUCCAUCACACCUCUUCGGCAUGGAGGACUGUCUCUUGUGCAAACUACAGACUUCUUUUACCCUCUGGUGGAAGAUCCCUACAUGAUGGGCAAGAUCGCCUGCUCCAAUGUGCUCUCGGACAUGUACGCCAUGGGCGUCACCGACUGUGACAAUAUGCUCAUGCUGCUGGGCAUCUCAACCAAGCUGACUGAGAAGGAGCGUGACGUCGUCAUCCCCCUCAUGAUGCGCGGCUUCAAGGACGCGGCGACGGAGGCGGGUACCUCGGUAACGGGCGGCCAGUCGGUGAUGAACCCGUGGGUGACGAUCGGCGGCGUGGCCACCACCGUGUGUCAGCCCAACGAGUUCAUCCUGCCCGAUUCGGCCGUCAUGGGAGACGUGCUGGUGCUCACCAAGCCGCUGGGCACCCAGGUGGCCGUCAACGCGCACCAGUGGCUCGACCAGCCCGAGCGCUGGAACAGGAUCAAACUGGUCGUCACGGAGGAUGACGUCAAAAAGGCAUACGCGCGUGCCAUGGACUCGAUGGCCCGCCUGAACCGGACCACAGCGCGCCUGAUGCACAAGUACAACGCGCACGGCGCGACGGACGUCACCGGCUUCGGUCUGCUCGGGCACGCGCAGAACCUGGCGCGGAACCAGAAGAACGAGGUGUCCUUCGUCAUCCACAACCUGCCCGUGAUCGCUAAGAUGGGCGCCGUGGCCAAGGCGUGCGGCAACAUGUUCCAGCUGCUGCAGGGCAACUCGGCCGAGACGUCAGGCGGUCUGCUGAUCUGCCUGCCGCGCGAGCAGGCGGCCGCCUACUGCAAGGAUAUCGAGAAGACCGAGGGCUACCAGGCCUGGAUCAUCGGCAUCGUCGAAAAGGGCAACCGGACGGCGCGCAUCAUUGACAAGCCGCGGCUGAUCGAGGUGCCUGCCAAGGAGAAGGACGGCGAGCUGUGGUAGGACGGCCGGCGGCUGUAGCUGUGACCCGGUCCGGCGCCGGCCGGCCGCCGGACGCGCCGCCGCCGCCAGCGUGACGCCGCGCGGACAAACCGCCACCAGCGGCGCCGCGCGGCUGAGGACAGCGGCGGCGGCGCGACCCGCUGCAGACGGACGUCGGACCGCGCACUGCCCGCGGCCCGACUGGACUGUACGCUGUAUGGACUGGACUGUAUGCAGGGAUCAUGCGGGGACGACUCGGUCGUUCAGCGGCGUCACGCACAUACUAUGGAGUGGUCAUUAUGCGAGAAUCAUCUGUGAGAUGGUGUAAUUUUUGCUGGCGGGACCGUGUCGCCGACCGGUUGUACGGUCCAGGCUGUGCAGAGUGUGGAGAUUCGGUUGUUGGUUUGGACUGACAUUUCUUUUCGCCGCGUACGGUUCUGUCGUAGUUUUGUGAAGUUUUUGAGAAACAUUUUCAUUGACCUGGAUGUUGAGCCAUUUGAGGCGAAACACUAAUAUUUUCUCUACUGUUCAUUUUCGAAAAGAUAUUUUGAACGUUUGAUGUAUUUUAUGACAUGACUGUGCUCGUUCAAAAGACGUUCGCGAGCAUCCAGGACCGUUACCAUAAAACACAGAUGAUGUGA